GUUUUAGCAAACACUUUUUGAAAAUUAUUUUCUAGAAUUCAAAAAAAAUACAAUCCAAUCAAACGUAAAUGGUGAGCAGCGAUUGACCGCACAGGUUAAAGCUGCCGGAAAUAAAAAAAAUCAACAGCUACAUUAAAAAACGUCGAAGUCUUCGUUUGAAGACACGUCCGUUACAAUAACAAACGUUGUCUGCAACACAGAUAGUCGUUUCCUAUAGCUUAAGGGCCUGCUCGAGGUAUGAGCCGACCCGCCAAGUCCGCCUCCGAGCUGGCCGUGUGCCGCGUCUGCAUGAGCCAGGGCAAGCAGAUGGUUCCGUUCGCGCGGUACGACGCCGACCGGAAGGCGUACCGGCUGGCGGAUGCCAUCUCCGCCGUCGGAGCCGUCCAGGUCGAGAACGGCGACGGGCUGCCCCAGUACUGCUGCGUUCGCUGCCUGCGUGAGAUCGAGUCGGCGUUCAAGAUACGGCGCGUGUGCCAGGAGUCGGACUGGAGGCUGCGCGAGAUGUACCAGCAGCUGGAGCCGGAACCCGUGGUGGAGGUUAUGAAGGAGGAGAAAGAGUUGGUCUUCAAAGAGGAAUACGAGGAAUCUCGGUUACAGGAGACCGUCGCAGGAGUUGUGGCUAUCAAGCGGGAGGUUGAGGAGCUGUCGCAACCGUUGGAUGGCGCCGAACAUGCUGUUAGUAUUAAAGAGGAGAUCGAUGAGUUCCCCGCCCCGGAGAAGCGACGCCAGCUGCGGCAAACGGCGCUUUGUCGCGAAGUGCAGAGCGCCCGCAAGCAGGACUGCUUCCAGCGGGACCUAAGCCAAAUCCAGCGAAACGGCCAGCUGAGCCAGCAGAAGCGCCAACACACGGCCGUCGUCCUCGAGUGCGAUCUGCAGGCCAAAAAGCGCCAGGAGGAAGCCCUCGAAGAGGAACGCCAGAAGCAGCUCGAGGAAGAGCGCGAACUUGCCCUGCAACUGCACGAGGCCAACCGGCGCCGAAUCAACGAGGAAAAGCUGCGCCAACAGCUGCGCGACUCGAACCAGGAACUGCGCGAGCUCGAGUCCAAACUGCGGGCCGCGUACGUCGCCAAAGGAAUCGCCGCCCAAAAGGCGGAACUCGAAGCGCGACGGCUCGAGGAGCAACUCGUCGCCCAACGCGAGCAGGAAGAACUCGAGAAACUACGGUUAAAAAAUCUAGAAUUUAUCAAACAAUGCCAGGAGGAGGACUGGAAGCAAAAGCUCGAACUCCGCGACACGCUGCACGCCCAGAUGAAGGCCCUCCAGCAGCAGAAGCAGGUCAUGUACGAGGAGUUCCUGCGGGAGAAGACCUUCCUGGACGAAAUAUGCCGCAAGUUGCAGGAAGAGCGCUUUGAGGAGAUUCGGCGGAAGUUGGAGCUGCAGCAGCGGACCCGCCGCGAGAUGGAGUACUUCCGGGAGGCGAAGGAGAUUUGGCAGGAGCGGCAGCGGUUGGCCGUGGCCGAGGAGAACGAGCGCAUCCGGCGGUACCUGGAGGCGAGGGAUGCCGAGCAGGAGGUGCAGCACCGGCGGAAGCUGGAGAGUGCCAAGUCCCGGGAGCGGUUGAACGAGAAGAUGGUGGCGGAACUGCAGGCGGAGUUUGACGAGGCCCGCAAGCGGGAGAACCUGCUCCAGGAUCUGUACGCGGCCGAGCUGGACGAGCGGCAGGAGCAGCGGCUGCAGCGUGACCUGGAACAGCAGCUGCGCAAACGCAUCGAGGCCCGGCUCGGCAUCGAGCGCCAGCUGGUGGAGAUCGAGUGCCGCCGGAAGCAGCAGGAAGACGAAGAUCGCCGCUUCAAGGAGGAACAGCUGAAGCUGUGGGCAGAGCGCGACCGGCUCGACCAGUUGAGCAACGAGAAGCGCCGGCUCAAGCUGAUGGAGCACCGGCGGGCGAUCCAGGAACUGCUCGAAGAGCGACGCCAGCGUCGAGCGGACGAGGUUAAGGAGCUGAUGCAGAUGCAGAGCAUGUUCGAGCAGGAGGAGAAGCGGCGCGAGGAGAUUAUCGAGGAGGAGCGCAUUAAGCUGUUGAAGGAGCACGUGACGGCCCUGUUGGGAUUCCUGCCGCCCGGGGUGCUCCGGGAAAGCGACCGGGAGCAUCUGCCGCUGCCGAAGGACAAGUGAAGGUAGGUUGGGGGUAAUUUAUUUGGUAAUAAACUUAUUGACUGAUUUUGUGA